AUGGCAAAUGUUGAAGCCCUAUCCACUUCAAAGUACAUCAUUAUCGUCGUGAACGCCUUCACAGCAUUUACAGCAAUCGUUUUCAAUAGUUUAACAAUUCAAGCCAUAAGGAAAACUCCCUCUUUACCAAAACCUCUGAAAACGUUGCUGUUGAGUCUUGCCGUUUCUGAUGUCGCUGUUGGUUUAAUUGCUCAGCCUUUCUUCAUUGUGAACUUGAAUAUUUUCUUCAAAACUCUUCCCAAGAUGUUGUGGGUAAUCCAAUUGGCACUCGCGAACGCUUCGUUCCUCGGUAUCGUCGCUCUAAGUUUGGACAGAUUCCUAGCCGUUCAUCUUCAUCUUAGAUAUCAGGAACUUGUGACUCACAAGCGCAUUCUUGGUCAGGCAAUUUCAGCAUGGGUGUUCAGUGCUCUUCUUCCACUCUUUUACGUUUGGAUCGAUGAAAUAAAAAAGCUUAUCAAUAUCACAAUCAUCAUUUGGAGUCUAUGCUUCAUUUUCAUAACUGUUAUAAGCGUCAGACUUUACUUUGCAGUUAGACACCAUGCAAACCAGAUUCAAGCUUUACAAGUACAACAAGCAGCACAGAAUGGUGACUUGGCAAAUGCCUCGAGGCUGAGGAAAUCUGCGGUCAGCAUAUUUUAUGUAUAUUUUGUGUUUUUAGCCUGUUAUUUGCCAUUUUAUUGUACUUUUCUUGCCGGAGAAAUAGUUAAGGACUUUUUAAUUUCGAAAAAUUUGUUUUAUUUCUCUCACACACUAAUGUUUAUAAAUUCAACUCUAAAUCCAGUAAUUUAUUGCUGGAAAAUGAGAGACAUCCGACGAUCUAUCAAGGACAUAUUGCGAAAUAUAUUUCGCAGAACUUAA